ACCUCACAUCUCUAGUUUUGGAUAUCGGAACAGCAGCUGCGAUAAUUAUUUUUUUUUGGCAGAUUUUGCCAUUUUUCAUGUAAUACAAAUUGAAUCUUUUUACCAAGUAGACAUACAAAAAUUUACAUGAUAAUUGCCGGUAAAAACUUAUAGAGACACCGCAAAAAUGGAAUGCAAUCUGGGCAGCGAAAUUGGCCAGAAGAUGCGCAGCGCCGUCAAAGCGAAGCUGCUGGAGCUGGGCACCGGCGGAUCUUCCGGCUUUAUUGACGACGAAUUGCCAGACUACGUGAUGGUCAUGGUGGCUAAUAAGCGCACCAAGCAGCAGAUGAAUGCCGAGCUGAACCUUUUUCUGGGCGAUCAGACUGACUUGUUUGUGACCUGGCUGCACGAGGUGCUGCAGAAGCUUCAGGAGGUCACUCUGCCGACAUCCAAUGCUUCCAGCAAGAAGCGCAGGUCGCGCGGCCAUGGCGAAGCGGCCAAGUCAAAGGAAAAGGAUAAGAAGGUGUCCAAGAAGGACAAGAAGCCGCACCGCAAGUCCUGCGAUGAAAUGCAGGAGCCACAAUCUAGCUCUGCGGGUGGCAUGCCCGUCAUCACCUCUAUCACAGAUGUUUUUGCCGACGAACUAAUGCAGAAGGCAAAGAAAUCUCUGAACAUCGACAUCAAUGCCAAGGAUGAGAUCGUGCAGAAGAAGAAGAAGCGGAGGUCGACAUCGGAGGAGGAUGCCGUGAACAAGGACAGCGACAUAACGGCCAACACGUCGGAAAUCAGCUCGACCACUUGCGGGGUCAAUCGACAGAAGGAUCUCGCCGAGCUGGCCGAAAUCCAGAAAAAAAUCCAGGCAGCCAAGAAGCAUUUACGUCAAAUUGGCGAAAUCGACGACGAGAGUGAGGAGGACGAUGAGGAUCUGCUAAACUUAAGUGCCCAAGAUGAGUCGGUGGACCAGGAGGUCGAGGUGGAGCCGCCGCUGCAGACCGAAGCGCCCCCGCGUAAGGCCAAGAGUCCGAUUAUCUUCAAACGGCGUGAGAAGACGCCCGAAAAGCGACAAGAACCUGAGCCUGAUACAAACUCCAGUCGGGAAGCAGAGCCGGAGGAGGAGAAGGGGGAGGAAGGGGAGGUCGAAGACCCGCAGUCGGCAGAUGAGAAGCUAAAAGAAGACCGCUCUGAACGACGUUCCGUGCACGAUCGCCUCGGCUCUAAGAAUCAGUUACCCCCAGAAAAACCUCCACGCCCUCAAAAGGAGCUGUAUGUGCCAGCUCAUCGUCGACGCAGUGAACCAGAGUCCAGCAGGGAACGGAGUCAGCGAGAUCGCUCCCGGGAACCACGCUCUAAUCGGGAUACCUCCAGGGACACUAACCGUGGUCAACGCCAGCGACGCUCGCCUAGUCCAGAGGCACCCAGCAGCAAGCAACGCAUCGGUUCCCGGGUGAUUGUGGCGGUGCACAAACCGCCAGAACCCUCGGACGAUGAGGAUAUGGCAGAUAAGCCGUUGAAUUCGGUUAUUAAAAUCCAGCCCAGGCCAAAGGUCUCUCCACGACGGCAGGCCUGCAAGAAUCUCCUCCUGAGAGCAGUGGCCGAUGCCCAGCGUUCUACUAUUCUGGCCAAGUCUUCCAAUAAGAAGGAAAGCCAGGAGGCGGACAAAGUCAGUCCCUCGAAGGGCAAGCAAAAAUCGGUAGACCAAUCGGUAGAUCGUGUCAACGAUCGCAGCAGGGACCGUGGCAAGCGAAGUGCUGCCACGAACAGCGAACUUUUCCGGCGUAGCACUCGUGAGCUGGUGGUAAAUGUGACGCGACGGGAGGGCAAGCGUUUGCGGCGCUCCGAUGACACUCACGCCGAGAUCAAGGUGGUAGAGGAAGAGUAUGCCCCUAGUCUGAGCUCGAAGGAUUUCGAAGCCUAUGUUCCACAGCUACUGGCCAAUGUGGAGGACAUAGACUUGCACAUUAGCUCGCAUGACGAUGCUAGUCCCAGCUCCGGAGCGCGGAAGACACAGUUUGUGGUGACCUUGAACGGGGAUAAAUCGCUGGGCGGAAGAAGCAGCAGCCAAGGCAGCUCUUCCUAUCGCAAACGACCCAGUAGCUCCCGCAAACGUUCCUCCUCGCCAGUGUCCACACCGCAAGUGUCCUCUUCCAGCGUUGAGCCAACGUCCACGACUUCGGAAAAGCGAUCACGGCGCUCACAACCGGAGAAAAGUUUCACACCCUCACCCACACAGAGCAGUGCCUCGCCCCAGACGUCGCGCAGUCUCAAUCGCAGCGAGGUGCUGCGGCAGCCCCAAGAAGUUAAGAAGCUCGUCAUCAAAACCGACACCGAUGAAGAUGACGAGAAGCACAAAAAACGUUCGUCUAUUAGGCGCUCGAAUACAUUAACGUUGGCGACCUCGGCCAACGGCCACAAGGACAAUAGAGCCAAGCCUCCGGUCGAGGAACGCUCGACCACUCCGCCCCUGCCGGCCAAACCAAAGCCCCGGGCGGAGAAGCGACCGGCCAGCAAGGAAAAGGCCGCAAACUCUAGCGGGGAACCAGCAGCGGCUGAGAGCUCCGCCAGCGUCACCACUUCCUCUGCUUCUACCAAAGGCAAGCACACACCUAUUCGCUUCACUCUGAGAAACGAGGACGAGCCGAGUUCGAAAAGGAAGCUUCGCUCCAACAGCCCCGAACGCGACGGAGUGCCGCUGGACAAGCGCAGAAUACCCAUACGCAGUGUUGAGGACAGAAAGUACGACAAUCUGCCGGCAUUAAGCGCCGUUAGCGUGGACUCUGCCGUGCUAAAGGUGGCCAAGCCCAAGGAGAGGUGCAAGUACCACCCGAACUGCACAAAGCAGUUCUGCGAGUACUACCACCCGACGGCGCCCUGCAAAUCCUUCCCCAACUGCAAGUUCGCCGACAAGUGCAUGUACUCGCAUCCCAAGUGCAAGUACGACAUGUCCUGCAUGAGUGUUGACUGCAACUUUGCCCAUAGCGGGCAACGGGAUCUCAGCCAUGUGCAGCUCACGGCGCCGCCUCUGUCCUCGCACGUAAUACCAGUACAGAACUACAAGUCGAUAUCGGCGCCAGUGACCUCCACGACUGCCACGACGAUGUGCAAAUACUAUCCAAAUUGCUCUAAACUGGGCUGCACUUUCUAUCACCCAAAGCCCUGCCGCUUCGGCAAGAACUGUGUCAACAAGCUGGAGUGUAUCUUCUAUCAUCCGGAGAUGCAGAGCAAAUUCAAGUGGGUGGCCUCGCUGGGCUGAAAGAGAAGCACAAGCACUCACACACACACAAUACAUUUUAACAAUAUUUAGCCAAGUCUUACUAACCACUUCACGCUCCAACCAUUCAUUCGACUAUUGUUUUACCCAAUUUUACAACUAGGCGCGCUUGGAGUUGACCUAUUUUCGCCUAUUUUGCCUAUACUUAUUUUCAUUUGUAUUCAUAGUACUCUUGCAUAAACUUAUUUAAAAAAAAACUUAUUAUUACACAUUAGAAGCUCUCUUAAAAAAAUAAAAACAGCCGAAGUUUGUUGUUUGCAUUCAAAUCAUUAAACACGUCAUGCCUACGUUGACGAAUAAAUUUAGCAAUAGUUGCUACAAAUUGAAACAAAAUGAGCAUUUCUUGAUUUAUAUGUAUAUCAGUUACGUAUGAUAACGUAUAAGUUGAAGAACGGGCAAGUUAUAAAUUUUAUUCUAUUUUCUGAAAAUUGUAAUUAAAGUGGAUCUUAAAUUGAGACUAAUUUGCUUAAGGAGGGUAAGGUAUUUAAUUUUUUCGUAAAUUUAAUGUUUAAUGUAUGAGUUUUAAAAUGUUUACCAAUCGGUUUAAAAUUUGGAACAAAACUUUUAUAACUAAUGUUAUAGGUACCUACGUCGGGUUUUUUAAAUUAUUAAUAUUAUUAUAUUUUUAUUAAACAAAUGAACUUAAUUUUUAACCAAAAAUUGGAAUUUUGACUUCCAAUUUUUAUAAAAAAUCGGGGAAAAAAAUUUUAAAAUAAAAACGCCACGUGAGUUGACUAACUCUUU